AUGUGCAGUCCUCUAAAGAAGCUGCGGCUGUUUAAGACUCACAAGCUACUGACCGGAGACGCGUCUGCGUUGAUGGAAGCGGCUUUGUUCGGUGACGUGGAGGCGUGCAAAAAGCUAUUAAAAGAGAGUGCUGACUUAAACGAAAAGACCAAAUCGUACCGUUGCUCCGUGAUGCACUUUGCAGCCGUCAACCGAAAGUACGGGAAAGAAGUCGUCAAAUAUUUCGCUUCCCGCGGGCUCAACAUGGAAGAAUUGGACUUGGAAAGGGAGUCACCAAUCGACUACGCCCUCAGGGAAGAGUUGUUCGAGGUUGCCAAGGAGUUAAUCAAACUGCAAUUCUCCCGCAACAAUCUGCUGCAUUACUGCGUCUACAAAAACAAAUUGGUCUCGGCCAAAGAGGUGCACGAACACGACAGAGAAUUGAUCAAAGAACCCGGCCCCGACGGAACGAACGUCCUCCACGUGGCAGCGUCGUACGCGGACCAGUCCUUGUGCGAGUGGCUGAUCGACGAAGCGGGCGUUGACGUCUAUUCCCUGAGCGAAACGGCGAAAAGCACAGCAUUGCACUACGUUUGCUUCAACCACGCGUACGCCGAGGACCUCGUCCCUUUUUUCAUAUACAAGGGAUUGCACGUCAACUAUGCGAACGACGAUGGUUUAACACCGAUUCAAUGCGCCCUCGUGACCCAAAAUCUCGAGGCUGUCGAGUCGCUGGUCGACUUCAAUGCAAAUCUAAGAGUCGAGUAUAUGGGCCAAAAUCUGAUGCACUUUUGCAUAGCCAACAAUUGUCUGUUGAGCGCCAAGUUGCUGCACAAAAUUGAUCCAGAGCUGUUUAACGAGGAUGACGCCAUCGGACGCAACGUCUUCCACAAAGCGGUGAUGACUGCGGACGAGCGGAUGUGCGUGUGGCUCCACGAGGAGCGCGUCUGCACCACGAGACCGUGGCGAGGCUACAAUUCCCUUGCUCUCGCGACAUUCAACGAGAAGCAUGGCGGGAGAGUCGUCCAGUUUUGCAUCAGUAACAUCAACUCUGACCUCAACCAGUUCGGAAAUGUUCCCAUUUUUUCUGCUUUGGCAACCGGAAACAUCGACGCUGCUGACGAAUUGUGCAAAUACGGAGCGGACCUGCGUGGAACCCUGAACGGUGACAGCCUCCUGGUUUCUUGCUUGAAGGCGAACAAAUUGAAGAGCGUGCAAUUUUUGCACAAAAUGGAUAAAUCUCUUUUCAAGGAGCCUUCUGCUGCUCUCGUAGCAGCCAUGAAUGGAGAUUUAACAACUUUUAAAUGGCUCGUUGAGCAGGCAAACGUGAAUCCACGUGUUUUGUGUAAAACGGCUGGUGGUUCUGUAUUGCACUUCGCAGCAAUGAACGAGGCACACGGUAAAUUUAUCGCCGAAUAUGUCAUUUCUAAUUUUAAACUAGACGUGAAUAAAAAAUGCAAAAACGGCUUCACUCCUCUGGUCGCUGCUCUUCAAAAUAACAACUUUGAAACCGCCGAAGAACUCUGCAAAUACGAAUCAGCUUUGAAAGUGAAAGUUGGCAAUGAAAAUAUUUUGGUAAUAUGCGUAAGAUCCAAUUUGUUAAAAGCCGCUCAGUUCGUGCUCAGAAAAGACAAAAAUUUAAUUGAAGUAGAACUCGACGACGGAAAAACCAUCCUCCAGUACGCAGCUUACUUUACAGACCUGGACUUUUGCAGAUGGCUCAUCGAAGAAAAUGUUGACCCCAUGGAGUUGAGCAAAAUCGACAAAUCGAGUGCUCUUCAUUUAGCAACCUUGAAUUUAAACCAUGGAACAGAAAUCAUCAACUUCUUUGUUUCUACCUUAAAUAUGGACAAGAAUCUAAAGUCACUUCUUGGAACAACGCCAAUUAUAUUGGCCGUUCAAGCUCGAAACAUCGGCGCUGUAAAGAAAUUAUGCGAACUCGGUGCCAACCUGACUGUGCACUAUAAUGGAGAAAAUCUAGUGCACAGGUGCGUUAUUCUCGACGAUCUGGACGUUGCCAAGUUGUUGCACAGAUUCAAUCCACAAAACGGACUGCUCGAAGUGUAA